AUGACUUUAACAUUAUUAAGUGUUUCUACAAUAACAUCAAUAAUAAGUAGAAUAAUAAAGAAUAAAUAUAAAGAAAUAAUAUUAGUAUCAAGUAUAUUAAUAAUAAUACCAACAUUAUAUGAGUGACAAGAAGUAGAUACAUAUUUUAGAACAGAUGGUAUAGCGGAUAUAUUAAUAUUAUUAACGGUAUAUUUAGUACCAUUAUCAAUAAUAUCAAAUUGAAAUAAUAUAAAAGAUAUAUUAUAUUAUGAAUUAAUAUUAAAUUUAGGAAUAAUAUUAAUAAUAAAUUUUAUAUGUCAAGAUAUGACAUCUUUCUAUAUAUAUUUUGAGGCAUCAUUAGCACCUUUAUUUAUAAUGAUAGGUUUAUAUGGAGCAGCUAAUAGAGAUAAAGCAGCUGAUUAUAUAUUAAUAUAUACAUUAUUUUCAUCAUUAUUUAUGUUAUUAGCUAUAGCAUUAUAUGAAGUAAUAUUAGAUAAUACAGAUUAUGAAGCAACAAGUAUGAUAUUCUUAUCUAUAGAAUUACAAAGUAUAUUAUUUAUAGCUAUAUUUAUAGGUAUAGCUGUUAAAACACCUUUAUCACCUGUACAUACAUGAUUACCUGUAGUACAUUCAGAAUCACCAUUAGCAGGAUCAAUAUUAUUAGCAGGAGUUAUAUUAAAAUUAGCUAUAUAUGCUAUAAUAAGAUUAAUAAUACCUACUUUAACAUUAGCAACAUUAUUAUAUACACCUAUAAUAUAUAUAUUAUGUAUAAUAACUAUAAUAUAUACAUCUAUAAUAACAUUAAGACAAACUGAUUUAAAAGUUAUAGUAGCUUAUAGUUCUAUAUCACAUAUGGCAGUAUGUAUGUUAGGAAUAUUUUCUAAUAGUAUAACUGGUUUAACAGGAAGUUUAGUAUUAUCAAUAGCUCAUGGUUUUGUAUCACCUGGUUUAUUUAUAAUAGUAGGAGGUAUAUUAUAUGAUAGAUAUCAUAAUAGAUUAUUACAUUAUUAUCAAGGUUUAAUAACAUAUAUGCCAUAUUUAUCAGUAUACUUUAUAAUAUUAAGUUUCUGUAAUGUAGGAACUCCAUUAUCUAUAAAUUUCAUAGGUGAAUUAUUAUCUAUAACUGGUACUAUAGAUAGAGCACCAUUAUUAGGUAUAUUAGCAUCUUUCUCAGUAUUAUUAUCAGCAUGUUAUCAAAUGAAAUUAACUAAUAGAUUAACAGGUGGUAUAAAAACACCUUAUUUACAUUUAACAUCAGAUGUAACAUAUAGAGAAACAUUCUUAUUAUUAUCUUUAAUAAUACCUACUAUAUAUUUAGGUUUCUUCCCUAAUUGAUCUAUAGAUUUCUUAUGAAGUUUAACUAACUUAAUAUAUACUAUAUAUUAA